AUGGAACUAUUUGCCGUUGCUGGUGUGCUUGAUAUAGAGCAUGCUGAUUUUGAUGGUAUUGAGCGGCUAGGUCUUGUUACUGGUGGUGAACUAGCAUCAACAUCUGACAAUCUUGAGUCUGUUAAGCUUGGGCACUGCAAACUCAUUGAAGAAAUUAUGAUUGGCGAGGACAGGUUGAUACACUUCGCUGGGGUUGCUGCAGGCAUGUACGAUUGUGCUGAGAGAUGCAAGGUCUUUGCUGUCUUUUGGCUUGAAAAUCCUCAUAUGUUGGAUGAACCUGAAAGAUCUCUGCAUGAUGCCUUGUGUGUGCUAACCCAAACGGCAAAUGACAGCAGGGUUUUACUUGGAGGUGGUUGGCCAGAGAUGGUGAUGACAAAGGCAGUUGAUGAACUUGCUAUGAAGACUCCAGGGAAAAUUGAGGCGUUCAAACUUCAAAGUAAAGCAGGCCACGGAGGAGGGAAGAUCAUAUGUGAAGAGGCAUGA